CGGGUGAUUUGAAAGCAAUCAAUUAUCUGAAUUCUCGCCGUCGUAUAGCUUUGUUCCUGUAUAUCUUUCUUAACAACACUCAUUGCAAGAUUCACCGAAUCCGGCGGACAGCCUAUCCUGACGUUCUUCCUUCUUACACAUCAACCGGAAGCUCUUCGAGUGAUUUAGAAGCAGGGUCUGUAUCAAUUUCUUGAAAACAAUACAAGAUGAAUGCAGGGAUGUGUAGCUCGACAACCAUCUUUCUUGUGUGUACCUUUUUAGCACUAUUGAGUAACGUUUUUGGACUGAAAAUCGAUCCGCAGAAACCGCAAAAUUUCGUUAUCCUGAUGGUGGACGACCUUGGAAUCGGUGACGUAGGAUGUUUUGGAAAUGAUACGAUCAAAACGCCAAAUAUUGACAAACUUGCAAGUGAAGGAGUAAAGCUUCAACAUAGCUUGGCUGCGGCGCCAGUUUGCACACCUAGCAGGGCUGCUUUUUUAACAGGUCGAUAUGCUGUCCGAUCUGGUAUGGUUGGAUGGCCAAAUGAUAAUAAAGUCCUCGUUCGAACUGCUCUGACAGGCGGACUCCCCUCCGAGGAGGUCACCUUUGCCAAAAUCUUGAAGCAACAUGGGUAUAAAACAGCAUUCGUAGGUAAAUGGCAUCUUGGUAUGAGCUGCAAUACGUCCAAGGAUUUUUGCCACCACCCAAAGAAUCAUGGAUUUAGCCACUUUUACGGACUACCCCAUACUAACCUAAGAGAGUGUGCAGAUAACUUCUCCCCCGAAUUGAAUGAUUUCGACAAAAUGCUGAAGACGCUUUUCACUUCAUUUGUUGUAAUAUUCCCAGCGUUAAUCGCAUUGUCUAGAUUUGGUAUGAUUAAGGUCGCGGUGGUUGCUUUUCUCUUCCUGUCUUACUUGUUCGUUAUCUAUGUGCCAGAAAUGGCGAAGAUUGUGGCCCAUAACUGGUUUGACUGCAUAUUAAUGAGAGGCAAGGAAGUUGUAGAGCAGCCGAUUAAUCUUGGUACGUUGACGCACAGGCUCACAUCAGAUGCAACAGAGUUCAUUGAGAAACACCAAGAUGAUCCGUUUUUGCUUUUUAUGUCCUUUGCAAAGGUGCAUACUGCGUUGAAAACUAGCGAAAACUUUGUGAAUCACAGUAAGCAUGGAAGAUACGGCGAUAAUGUUGAAGAAAUGGACUGGGCCGUCGGUAAGAUUUUAAGCAAGAUUGAAGAGCUUGGCCUUUUUGAUGAUACGAUGGUAUAUUUCACCUCUGACCAUGGCCCACAUCUCGAGGAAGUUGCAAGAGAUGGUGAAAUGUGCGGGGGCUUUCAAGGCAUCUUCAAAGGUGGAAAAGGGACGAAUUGGGAAGGUGGUAUCAGAGUCCCUACAAUAGCUCGAUGGCCAAAGAGAAUACCUCCUGGUACUAAAACUUAUGUGCCAACAAGCAGUUUGGAUUUCUUUCCAACAGUGCUAAAAAUGGCUGGAAUAAAAGUUCCGGAAAAUAGAGUCCUGGAUGGAGAGGAUAUUCUAGAAGUUUUGACUGGCAAAGCUUCAGAUCGAUUUCAAGAAAGGUUUAUUUUUCACUACUGUGACGCAGUGAUUCAAGCAGUGACAUUUGCAGAUAACGAAAGUUCCAAGGUCUGGAAAAUACAUUACAUAACUCCGCAAUUCAGUCCAGGAACAGGAGCAUGUAUGCAACAUUCUCUUUGCCCUUGUUUUGGUGAGGGUGUAAAUAUACACGAUCCUCCUUUAGUAUUUGACUUAGGCUCAGAUCCCGGGGAGAAGAGCCCCCUUGAUACAAACACAUCUGUUAUUCGACGUUUGCUACGAAAAACAAAGUCUGCAGUGGAAAGACACAAUCUGACAAUACAAGCAGUCCCAUCACAGUUAUCGUCGCGAGCAUUUCUUCCCUGGAUGCAGCUUUGUUGCAAUCCUCCGUUUUGCUCGUGCAAGGAAAAUUUUCCCUUCAAACUUAUACCCUUUGACUAAGGACCUUUAGCAGUUUAUCCACAAUAUAAAUUUCAAUCUGAAUCAAGGUGGAACAGAAAAUGUCUUUUUUAAUUCAGUUCCUUUCUUCGUCAAGGCUGAUUUAUACGAGCAUACUACUAGCGCCAGUCAGGUGGCGGGGGUGCGGGGGGUAUAUGGGUAACUAAGCCCAGUUUUGGGCGGGGAUGUGCAAUUUUGGUUCAAAGUUUGGAUCCAUAAUUCCAUUUCUGAAAAAAUUAUGUAUUUUUCAUCAUAGCAUUCCAGAUAGCCAUUCCCUUUGUAAACAAGAAAAGGAUUCACAUUUCAUAGUAGGAAUGGAGAAGAGUGUUAGGAAACUUUGUGCUGCGCAGCAUCAUAUUCCCACGAACCAUCACAAUAGGUGAUAUUCUUGUUGUUAUUUUUUAGCACUAAUGACUAAUCUGUUAAGCUUGUCACUUCGUCUUGAGAUUUUAUAUAAUGGCUGCAGGGCGAUUGUGCAACUCACAUAAUACUAAUAUUUAGUUCAUUGAUACUUUUUAUUGCUAUGUUUUGUAAUUGGGAGUAUCUUUAGAGAAAUUAUUUUUGCGUUAAACUAUUACAUACGCUUGUGAUAUACAUUAAUAUUAUACAAUCUGAAUUUCAAAAAAAUUAUAAGCAACAGUAACAGAACAAAAUUACAAGAAAGAAUAGAAAAAUUACAUGAAAGUGGAAAAAGAGGGAGACACGGCAGCUUCUAGUUUAAGGUUAAUUUUAUGAGGAGAGAUGAAAAAGAGAUUUUCAGAAUUCAUUGAAAUGGAGUGGAGCAGAGUGGUCGGCUGUAUUUAUACUAAUAUUGGUAUAGUAACAAGUUGAAAAUAAAUUUAGUGAAUAAAUUUUUGCUUGGUUUGGAGCGAAUCUCUUCUGGUAUUUGGUUCCAGAUUUUUUUUUUUUUUUUUAUAUUCACAUAAAAAUUUAUAUUCACGACAACAAUUACAAUACAAAAGCCUAGGGAGCAUGGAAAUGCAUAACAACCCUAAGACUUACACUUAACAUAGAGAUACAAUUAUUUCAAUAAUAAGCUACAAAAGUGAUUGGAGUGGCGUCGCCCAUCGUUCCAAAUAGCGUUGCAGAUAUGACAAAUACUCACAAAAGCUAUUUUUAAAAGAAGAUAUCAAGUCUACCUAUGUUUCUUGUUAAUCAAACAGAUUUGUGCCCAGACAUGAUGAGUGACACCACUCCAAUCGUAAAAGGAAUAAAAUUUAGACAAAAGAGAAAAUAAUUUACACGAUUUUGAUUUUGAUUUGAUUUACACGAUUACACGGUUCCAGAUUUUGAUACCAAUAAAGGUAUUAAAUGUUUUUCGACAGUCUGUUCUCACCAGAAGGAGAGAUAAGGGUUUUUCGUAUCCUGGCGUGUUUUAUAGUUGUUUCUUACACAAAUUUUCUGAAAUAAUUCAGAAAGAACUUGGGUGCAGUUGUUGUUGUAAACAUCGUACAUACAUUUUGCGGUUUCUAAUUUAAAGAAAUCUUCGAAGUUGAGGAUGCCAAGUUUAGAAAACAGGGGUUUUGAAUCUGUCCUAUAAUAAUCAGCAAAAUACAUAACUCUGACUGCUCUUUUAAGGCUUCUGUUUAAAUUGGCAGUAAUGCAUUUAGAAGCAUUUCCCCAGUUAACAAGAUCAUAGCUCAAAUGGGGGGAUAUAAAAGCAUGAUACAAUUGUCUUAGAAUAUCCAAUGAUACAUUGUGUCUCGUUUUUGCCAGAAUCCCAAUGCCUUUUGAGAUUUUCGUGUUGACAUGUUGGGUAUGUUGCUUCCAGGUAAGCUUAUCGUCUAUCAGAACGCCAAGGUAUUUAAUACAAUUAUUUUGUUUAAUGGAAAUGUUGUCUAUUUUAAUAUCAAAGCUGUAGUCAAAUUUUUUGUUUUUAGAGAUAAUGAGGUAAUUUGAUUUAUCCACAUUUAGCGAUAAACGUUUAGCUGAGAGCCACGUUGAGACAUUUUUAAGUUCGUUAUUUAUGAUGGGUUCAAGAUCCUUUGCGUUAUUGUGAGAAAAGAAGAUACUUGUAAGAAAAGAAGAUAGAAUUUAGGAAUUUCGGAACACGAAGGCAAGUCAUUGAUGCAGAGGCGGAUCCAGAGUGAGUUCCUUGGUGCACAGAACUCCGUCAGUUUUCCAACAUACAGCUAAUAAUAGUGUUGCCUGAAACAAGUAUUAUUUAAAAAUUGAAACCUAAAAGUUCUUCAAAGUUUUAUCAUAGUCUCUUCAAAAUCUUAAAAUUGCCAGUUUCUUCUCUGUUGUGUUUUUGAAACGAUUUUCCAGACGCUGUGGAGGACAACAGCAGUCAAUCCUAGAACUCGGAAAUAAACAUUUUGUGCCUCGGAAGUGAAUGAAUUGAAACAAUAAACUGUUCGUUUGCAACACGGAUAGAACAGCAUCUGGAACUCGGAAAUGAUACCAUAUUUGUAAGAGAGCUGUACAAUGGCCCGUAGUUGAUUGGCUACCUAUUGUUUCUGUUCUUUUGUGGAACUGCAAAACAUUGAAUUCGAAAUGGCAACUGCAGAUGUCUUAUACUCACGACCAUCGCAGCAUUCUAGCAGAUUAUUAAACAUUUGAGAUAAAACCAGGAGAUCUCGUUAAUUUUCCAGGAGUGUUAACUAUCUUUGCUUUAAAUUGCAGUCUUUGAUGGCACGGAAAACCUAUGCUCAGACGGAACACCAUAUUUUGAUGAAUAGGCUGGUGUCUACGCAGGCAAAACAACAAAUUGCAAGCCAAACAAAAGGGAGAAACUUUGCUGUGGCAUCCAAAACAAACAAAGGGUAUUGAGAAAGGGAGGGGGUUGAAAAAAUAUGGAAUCUAGAUUUAGUGACUAGAUAGUACCUACCCCCCCCCCCCCCCUCAAUGGUACCAAAAUGCAUAAAUAUGGAUAAUAAUGUUAUCUUAUGCACAAUGAUCAAUGCAUUAUCUGAAAGUCCCUAUCCUUGGCCUGGAACUCAGUCAGGUUUUUUGCUGGAUCCGCCCCUGUGAUGUACAGAAGAAAAAGUAGAGGACCUAGUACACUUCCUUGGGGUACACCAUGUUUUAUGUUUUAGGGCUCAGACAGGGUUCCGUUUAUGCAAACUUUUUGGGUUCUAUUUUAAGGUAUGAUUUGAACCAAUUCAAGGCAGAUCCUCUUAUGCCGUAAUAGCCUAUUUUAUCUAGCAAUAUUCAUAACAGUUUCUGUAAACAAAGAAAGAAAAAGUAACUAAAUCACAUCUUUGUACAAAUGUGUUAAGAAAAUAAUGCAUGGAGUGGCAAAAAAUUGUUGCUGGAUAUGUUUUGAAACAGAUCAAUCAUUAUUUCCUGGAAUUUCGAUGAGACAGAAAACACCACAGCAAGCACCGCGACUGUAAAUGCUUGGAAUUUGCGAACGACGGCUUAUUUUUCCAAUAUUAACAUCAAUUCAUAAAUUCAAGUGCAAUUUAAGGCCACUCACCAAAUUUCACUUCGAUAUUCGAAAGAGAUGUGAACGAAAUCAAUCCUUACUUUUACCAUAUCUAUAAGGGCUCAGUAAGGCUGAAGUAAACAAAUUUGCCUCACAGCGUACCUGUGAGUUAGACAUCUAGCGCUUUCGGCGCUUCUA